CUCAGGUAAACAGAGAUAAGUGCUUGUAUGAUAUGUUGGGUUGUCUAAUUAAAUCUGUUGAAUAACCACACAACAAAAAUCCUCUGCACCUGAAGAUGAUGCUGCAUUAGACAUGGAGCAGCUUUUACUAUUUAUGUCAGUGCAGGAGAGUAAUCCUCUGUUCAUGGAAGUCAGCAGUUCCCCAUUCAGUCUGGCUUUGAGGGCCUCUUGUCAAGGGCAUUUGUGAGACUUAACACAGUCUCCCAAAGAAUAACUCCUGGAAGUCUCCAUGCCCAAAAAAAAAAGAUAAUCUUUGAUUAUAUUAAAUGAAUGUACUUAGAUGCUAGCAUUUAAAACAAACAAAAGAAAUGGCCUGUUGGCCUAUGAGUGUUCUCAAUUGUAAUUGGCCUAUAAACCCCUUAUAUUGAAUAAGCAUCUCAUAAAUAUACUUCUCCCCCCAUGGUGAGGUGGUGCUUGCUUAUAUGAUUUUUGACCCAACUCUCCAAGAGAGGUCUGACAGACUUGAUUCCGUUUCCAAAAAAAAAACAAAACCCUGUUUCUUAAUACGUUGACUGCUGGAAAGUAACAUUUCCCUUUGCUGCUGCAACAAGCCUUUUCAAAAUUGGAUUUAGAAGGAAAUAUCCAGUAAUCUGCCAUUUUGGGGAGUUAGUCCCUGAUAUUAAGAGAUAUCUGAAUAACUGACCUAUUUUCUCCUCUGGUUGUAGUUUUCUACAUACUCCUGUCACCUGUUUACUUCUGCUGGUUAGCUUCCCAGGACUCUCUGUUCCUGGUGCAAUUUACUGUUUAUCAGACCCAGUACUAAGAUCUGUAGAUUGCAUCUGCCUUGUCCCGCCUGGCAGCUGUGCUAGCGUGGCACUUAAUUGGGCAAUGGGAAGAUAGCAGAAAGAGGAGCUGUCCUCAAGGUCUUUGUCCAUCAUACGUAGUAAGAGCAGAUCCUCAGCAUGCAGCCUGGGUGAAGCAGGAGCGAAGGAGCCAGGCAUCAAAAAGGCAUCAGUGUAUAGUGGGAGCACAGGACUCACCUACAGAAGGGAUGCGUAUGGCUGUGACAUGUGCAUUUCCAGUCAUAUAGGCUAGAAGAUUCUGAGCUUGUGAACGUGACAUGCAAACACCUACAAUGUGAAACCUAUAGAGAAUUCCUGUUAUUGUUUAGUAAAUAGCAAGAAACAAACAAUGGACACUCAAUUAUUUUCCCCAUUAUUAGGAGCAAUUACUAGUACGCCACCUCCGCUAGAAUCUUCCCAUCUGUACAGUGACUGGUCAACAUGUGAAGAGGAUAUUGGCUCUAAAACUUCUUUUCAGGACUGCACAAAGAAACGGGCACCAAUAAACCUCUCUUAUUCUGGCAAUGGCCCUGAUAUGUUUGGGCUAGUGUCGAGCAUUUUAGAGGAGCCAAGCAAGCCAGAACCAGUUACAGACUGGAAUUCUCUUUCAAGAUUGUUUCCACCUAUGUGGGCACCUGACCUUGGAAGCAAUGGUGAAUUCUCAGGGCUCUCAUCUAAGCACUCUGUUGAAAAUCAGGAUUUUUCAACCCUGAUGGGUACACAGAACUGCUAUCAGGAACACUUGCAGAAGUCGCAUGAUGUGGAGAUGUUACACAGAGGCUUGGAAGAUCUUCAUCUCAUAGAGUCUUGGCUUUCUCCGCCCGGCCCUUGCACUCAGCCUGAUAAUAUUCUGAAGAACAGUUACCCUGACAGUUCCUCUUUGCAAAAUAAUAACACAAUUCACCAAGAAGGGUUUUUGUUUCAAAAUGUAGACUAUAAUCAGCAUUUAGGCAGUUAUGACCACAUAAGGUUAAAUGGGGACUAUGAAAAAAAUUGUUCCGAUUUUAGCACUUUUUCUUCUCAGAACAGAGUGAAAGAAGGCACUAGCAUUCAAAAAGAGUUUUGGAAAACUGAAAGAGCAAGAGUCAAAGCUCUGAAAAAUUAUGCUCAAGAACAAGCUAAGUAUUCCCCUGAUCUUUCCAAUCAGCCUGUUGAUGACUCUUGGGAUAAAGUGUCCCAGGACAACCACUUGUUUUCUAAAAGAUACGAAAACUUUACAUCUGCUCAUAAAUUGCAGUCAUCUGUUCAUCCGUUGCCAUAUUUUUUCAAUCAACCCCCUGAAGAGAAUAAUUUUUCUAGAGGAACAAACAGAAAAGCACAGGAAACCCAUGUGCAAAAUGGUCAUCAUAGCUUUACUUCGGGGAAUGCUCUUAAUAAUAAUGACUGCAAAAUCCAUGUUAGUCCUAAAGAAUGCUCUCAUAAAGUAUCAGAAUAUGAUUUAUCUCUAAAAAAUGUUAUGCAAAAUGGGAGUUACUCAUCAUACCAUGGACAUAUGUGGCUGGAUGGGAAAACAGCUACAUCGGAUAUCCCGUAUGGAAAGCAAGUGGUAACAAGUCCGCAGUUGUCUUCAGGGGUUUCAAGCAUGUCUGUUGGUUCUUCCACACAUCAGUCUGUAAUGCAGUCCUCCUUCUACCCACAGAUAUUACCUGUCUUCCCUUCAAGGAAAGAUGGAAGGUCACAAAUACCAGAUGCUGUUUCUAAUAAUUUGGGAGUUUCUAAUUCCAUCUCAGAAAAUCCAAAGCAAAUGAAAGCCAUUGGACGAUUGCAGCACAAUUCAUUGCCUAAUAAGGAGGGGCAAUACCACAAAUACCCCAUUAAUUUUCCAUCUGACCGGUUAAUCCAGCAGAAUGCUGUAAGUGAAGACUCUGAAAAAUACCACAGAUUUCCAAAAAAGCAGACCCAAGAAAAUAGUAAUAAAAAUGAUAAAAGAGGCAGAAGGAAUUGGAUUCCUCAUUUUGGAUAUACAACCCCAAAUCAUCAGCAGUUCAAUAUGUUCCAAAAAAAGCACGAGCAGAAUGGUGGUAGCAUGUCAGAUUUCAUCAAUCCUUCUUUUCUCCCUUCUUUUCCAUUAAUGUCUGAUUUUAAACAAAAUCCUGGCUUUCCUCCACUUAAUCCUCAUCUGUUUUCAUCAGCAAAUAACUUCAGUUUCCCUCCAUCACCAUUUCCAUUCUCAGAACUUGUUGAUCUUUUUCAUUAUGAUGACUUGAGCCACUUGUAUCCCUUUAUCAAUGAUCUGUUUUGUGGAGAAAUAGCUGCACCAUACUUUGCCUUUCCAACACCAUUUAACAAGUACAGACCUCUGAGAAAUCGCAGUGGACCUACUAAUGAGCUUCACAUCCGACUGGAGGAGUGUUACAAGCAAUGGAGAGCUUUGGAGAAAGAGAGAAAGAAGACCGAAGCCGACCUUGCAAGAAACUUCCCAGGAAAGCGGAUAUCAAGCUCAAAUACCACUCCCAUGUCCCGCCUUCCUGCUAACCCAUCACGAGUUGAUCGCUUGAUUGUCGACCAGUUACGAGAACAAGCCAGGGUGCUCACCUUAGUAGGAAAAAUGGAAAGGCUUCGUGGUGCCCCUGUACAUGGUAACAUAUCCACUACAUUGAAACACCAUAUGGAAGCCAUUCAUGUAACACAGGCAAGGCGUACGGAUGAGAUUAUUAAUGCUGCUAAUCCACAGAGACAAGGAGCACUGCGUUAUAAUAAUGGGAAAGAUGUUCUGGCUCUGGCAGCUGCCAUUAGAGAGUUGGCUGCUUCCACACGCAAGGCUCGUACCGCUUUGUGGUGUGCUUUGCAGAUGACUUUGCCAAAAAACUCUUCAAGCAGUCCAGUAAAACCAGAAGUUGUUGAAAGGGCAUUGCAAGAGCUUUGUCCUCCAAACACAAGCACACAAGAAAAAAAGCAGCAUGGAGCAUGAAAACAAAGGAUGCAAAAAAGAAAAACCUGGGGAACCCGGAGGAUUCUGGAAUAAUAGCUAAUAAUAAUAAUAAUAACAACAACAACAAAAGGGAGGCUGAGGAUGGGGAAGGAAGGGCAAAGUGUCCUGCCCAGUACCACGGACGGUGUUUUUGAUAAGCUGUCAAACAGCAGAAGGGUCGCCAUGACUGAUUAGUGCUGCAAUUCUAUUACUGUGAUUCUGAUGUUGAGACACACAUCUUGUAAUAGUGUUAAUGCAGUUUUAAUAUUGCUGGUAUUGCAGAGUCUGCUACGUAAGAAUUUUAUUAUUAAGAAGAGCUAAACAGUAGCAUUCCCUUGUGUGCUUCUCCAAAGCUAUGUAUCAGCUGUGAGUCAAGCCAUGACCUGAGAAACCAGAGUGUGGUAGAACUUAAUCCUCUUUUUUUUUUUUUAAUGAUACAAUUUCACAUACUAAAAAAAAACCCAACAACAAAAAAAUAAUCCAUUAGGUAUUUCAGAAUUGUUCAGGGGUUUUUUUGCACCAUUAUGUAGUUCUUUUAAGUGCCAAAGUGAUCAUGAAGUAGUUUGCAUCCCGUCACUGUGCAGAGCAAUCCACGUUGCUGUGGUGUUUCCUGUGGCAGGGAGUCAGAUCAUUCAGGUUAGUGCUAACAGUUUGACAAGAAUAAUCAGUGUUUAAUGUUGGUUGUGUGAGGUGCUUCAGCAGUCAUGCUGCCACUUCAGUUUCUAGCUAAACCGAUGUAAACUGAGCUUUUCCACAGCAUAGUCCAUUUAAAAUUUUCCAUAAAAAAAAAGAAAAAAGGUUUUGUAGCUUUGCAGUGAGUGCUGCAUUGAAGUACAUUAGCAGGUGAUAAAAAAUUGUCACUCAGGAUUAGAAAUUAGAUUUAUUGAUUCCUCAGUGGGUUAAAAACCAGUAACUAUAUAGCAUAGUAUGCACUUAAUUAAAAAAUUACUGUUUGUUAUUAAUAUAAGUUCAUGGUACUAUAAUUUUCAAAAACAUUCCAUAUUUAUUUUAAUAUGUUUAUUGAAUGUUUAUUUAAAAAUCUAUUUUAGUAAUAUAAAGUUGGAUAUUUUGCCAAAUCUUCCAAAUAAUCAGAUUUAACGAUUUACUCAGGAAAUACAUAUAUUAUUAUAUAAAUGUACUCAUAGUAUGUAGGGAUUUUUUUGGGGGAAGGGAUAAUUGCAAAAUAUUUACACAAAGCUAACUAUAUACUAGGUUACCAAAGCUGUUUAACUGAUUAAUUUUUCGCAUGGAAGAUUUAGUAUAUUUAAUUGCUGUUAACUUGUUUCCAUUCUGUGGCUUAGACAAUCAGAGUGUUAUGUAUCCAUGUGAAUGUUCAGGGUGAGAAUUAGAAAAGAGUAAUUCAAGUUAUGUUCUUAGAGCACUUAUAAGUAUUUUAAUGUCUUACUGUCACAUGAUCUCUUAAUAUGUACUAAUAACCAACUAAGGUUCUUGGGUAUCAGUAUAUUAGUGAAUAUAUUUUGGAGAGUAGUUCUUAUUUUAAAAUUGAAUUAAGUUGGGGAUAUAAGUAACAUUUGAAAGACAAAAAUGAAGCUUUUUCUGUUCCAUAGUGUUCGAUGUUGAAUUUGACAUCUUGUGGAUAAAUCUGUAGUUGUUCCAUAUCUAAAUGUACUUGCCAAAUGUUCCAAAUAUGAUUCUGUAGUUUUGGAGCUGUGGAUGUUUCUGGAGCAGAUGUAGUCUCAGUAGUGCCAUUGUUAACUGUAAUGAGGCAGCAUCUACAUAACUUUAUAGAGAAAAGUUGCACAAGCCUCAUUGUAAUCCACUGAAUAAAGUUUAAAAACAAGAGUCAGUAGAAAUCAGAAUCCUAGUACAGAAGAUUAUGUUUUUUUCUUUUCCUAAAGAAAGUUAAUUCAGCUUAAAAGAAUAUUUUCAGCCUAAAAAGCAGGUAGUGGAGAUAGUUACCUUAGUGUGAGUGGUUUCUCUGUGCUCAUGUGCAAUUUAUUUGCAGAAACUAGUUUGGGAAAGUUAAAUUUGCAUUUGUGAAACUGAUGAACUGUACUCCGUGGUUUAAAAAGUGGAGUGUACAGUAUUUCAGUCAGGGAAUGAUUUUGGAUUUUAAUUAUGGUUUCUGUGUCAACAGGAAAUCAGAAUUUUGAAAGUCUUCAUCAGCUUUUCUGUUUACAGAACAACUGUAGUCCUUCAGGAUUGUUUUGUAGUGGUGAAUGUAUAGGGUUUAGUAGGUCCUUAUUGUGUUGCUCGUGCAUUAUUCUUGUGAAGGAAUGUGGUCUUAAAUGGUUCA